CGUUAAGCUAGCCGAAAUACACAAGCAACGCUUCCUGUCGAGACCUUCAAAAUAAACCCAUACAAAUAUUCCCUCGGCAUAAUAAUCCCAGUCAAUCCAUAAUGCCACUCCAAUGUGUGUACCAACUUUGUGCGAACAUAACCGGUGUCCUAUCUGUCAUCUCCACAGGCGUCUCGCUUUGAUGUUGAUGGUAGCGCUACAAUGCAGAUAAAAAGGCAACAUCCGGGUUUUUUGGGGCCAACGUCUGCUCACUUGACAAAAAUCAGCAGGUGCAUCGUGGCGGAGGAUAUGGAGAAGAGGUCCAAAUGGAGCAAGAAGAAGAGUGAGACUGACCUGUGGUCCGAUCCUCAUGAUGUCUUCAUGCCCCCGGAGAGCAGCGAUGUCCAGAAGCAGAACUGUGUUUGGUUGUUGGUCUCGCAUCAAAAGUGCACAGCCGAUGAGCUGGUGUCCGGGCUGGCCAAGGCCGGCAGAGAUGCCGUGUUGAAGUUCGAGCCCUUCGUCCUCCAUGUUCAGUGCAGGCGGCUGGAAGAUGCACAGCUUGUGCACUCGGCGGCCAUCAACUCGGGCUUCAGGAACUCUGGUCUCACUGUCGGCAAGUCGGGAAAGAUCAUCACGGCGGUCCGUAGCACCCACGGCCUGGAGGUUCCUCUGAGUCAUGAUGGAAAGCUCCUUGUUGCACCCGAGUACCUCCAUUUCCUAACUCAGAUAGCCAAUCAGAAGAUGGAGGAGAACCUCAGACGGAUCCACAGGUUCUACCAGAACCUGCAGUCAGCUCUGACUACAGAGAAACUACAGACACUACAACUCCCAGAUCCCCCCAGUUCACAGGGCUGCUCGCAAAGUCCCCCCGACAGACUGGAGACGGAAAAGGACGAGGAGAACAAAGCAAGUGUGUAUAAACGGAGGCGGAGGAGAGAGCGUCACCAGGCGGACUGUUGCCAUGGUGACGAGUCCAGUGGUGUGCAGGAGCUGGAUGACUGCCUGGAUCUGUUAACAUGACGCGUUGGCUCACUGUGUCACUUAACUGCUUGUGAACACUUUAUUGCUGAUUAUUGUUUUUUUUCUAGAAAGAGCAGGGGCUUUCAUUACAAAAUGAAUCACCAUGGUUACCAGUUAGAGAAUUGGUUAACAUUGUGUCCACUCAUUAAAUUGGGACAGAGCUGCUACAAAAAAUGUGUCAAAUAAUAAAAUGUAUUUUUAUACAGA